AUGGAUAAAUUCGAAUCACAGUUCACCGCUUAUGCAAAAUAUAGUAAAUCCAAAUCUGAUGGUAAACGUAUCACUCUAUCACAAAGUGAUAAAUGGAUGAGGCAGGCAGAAUUAUUUAAUGAUAAAAUCACUCAAGCUGAUACUGCACUACAUUUUAAUGAUCUGCAUCGAGAAGCACUUGAUAUAGAAGACUAUAAGAAAUUCAUAAUUAACUUAGCAAAAGCAAAAAAUUUGGAUCCUCAUGUAAUUCAAGAAAAAAUGAUAAAAUGUGGUCCUCCCAUUGAAGAUAGAUCGAGAGUAGAAUCGGUUGUUUUGGAAAAGAUAGAAGAUCCAUCUGGAUAUAUCUAA